CCCUCACUGUUGGCUGAGGAUAUGAAAGAAAACUGAAAUUCUUCAGCCAAAAAGACCAGGAGGACUGCAAAAGCUUGACAAUACUGGGGCUCAGAGGAGGAGAAGGGCUCCCAUAUUGGCUACAGUAGCACGAUGAACACUGAUAAAGCUGGAGUAUAGACUCAACUGACAGUUUUGUAUAAUGGAACAAUGAAUCACAUUGCGGUGCUGCUGUUCAGCCUCGGCGUGUGUGCAGUACAUUGUGGCAGCCACACUCUCGAGUACCACAUAGCCCUUGUCUCCUCCCCUGCCCCCGGCGUGCCACAGAGCACAAUCACUGUCUACAUCGAUGGCUUGAAGUAUGGCAAGUACGACAGCGAAACGCGCCGGGCGAGGUUUCUGACUCCAUCGCUGAGUUCCCUGACUGAGCACCUGGAUAUGCAGACUAAAUAUGCUCAGAGGUUUGAGGUCAUUCAGAAACACAAGAUGGCAUUUCUAACGGGGUAUUUAAACAGGACAUAUGGUAAUGGAGACUUCCAUGUCUACCAGAGGAGGUUUGCCUGUGAGCUACAUGAGGAUGGAACCGUUAGUGGAUAUGAGGAGAUUGCAUAUAAUGGCAAGGAGGUUAUGAUGUUUGAUAAGGAGAGAGUGGUGUAUGUGCCUGUAACACAGGAGGUUCUGACUAUGACCCAGCAAUGGAACCAGCAUUAUAAUGAUGCAAAGAUAAACAAGAUCUACAUGGAGAAUGAAUGUAUCCAUUACAUGAAGAUGUAUCUGCCUUAUAUAUCAACUGACUUGGAGAGGAAAGUUCAUCCUGAAGUGAAGGUUUCCAGCUCAGAGUCAGUGAGCGGCACCAAACUGCACUGCCGGGUGUAUGGGUUCUACCCCCGAGAUGUGGAUGUGAAGUGGAUAAAGAAUGAGAGAGAUGAGAUUUACUCAGAAGAGGCAGCACAGAUCCUGCCAAACCCUGAUGGCACCUAUCAGAUCAGAGUGAGCGUGGAGGUAACACCAGAGGAGGGCGCCACUUACUCCUGCCAUGUGGAUCACAGCAGUUUGGCUAAACCCCUGGCUGUAUGUUUUGAACCCAGUGACAGACUGAUUGUAUACAUCAUGGUCGCUGUGGCGGCUGUUCUCUCCUUCACUCUUGUUGCCCUGGGAAUAUUUGCAUAUAAAGCCAGAAAGAAGAAAGGGUUGAACAAGAUGACAGAGAUUGCAUUUGGGAAAGCCACGACUCUUCCAGUUACUCACUAGAUAUAGGUUACUGAGUAUUAGUGUGUGCGUUUGAAUGCGUUUUUUUAAUGCGUUUUAAUGGCCCUUUAUCAAUAAGAUGGAAAUAUAGUGUUAUACUAAGCCGGAUUAAUUAAUCAGCAAUGUUGAGUCACUGGGAAUGGGUGGGCAUGAAACCUCCUACUGUGGGUUUCCCUGUGGGUCAGGCCACACUAACAUUCUCCCUUUAGAAUAGGGUCCCAGGCCUAACUACUCACUUGGCCCUUCCCUCUCAUGGUCUCCACUACCUGCACAGCCACUUUAUCUAUAACUGCCAUGGCGAGGAGAAGGUGUGGGAAGGUGUAAGACCCUUCCCAACCUUGAGAAAUGGCACAUUUGGGUGGGAAAGAUUCCCAUCCUAUGCAUUACUGUCAGAUGGAAGUUGCUUACUAUCCUGUGUAAGUUCCUUUUGCUAUUACUUGUGACUAAUCAGAAUGAUUCAGCAGAGCUAACUGUCAUAUUCAUGUUUGAAAUGUCUUCCUAUAUCUCCACUAGGGAUAUACUAUAUUCACCCACAGUGAGUAAGUCACUCUUGGAUUUGAAGAAAUACUUACUCAUAUUGAGCCUGGCCCCGAAGUUCCCACUGGGCCUGACUUGAACCAUUCAGAUUCACUCAGGAUAUGAAGCAGCUUUAUAUAUAUAUAUAUUAAUACAGAGUAUUACUAUACAAUGAACAGUAUUAACUAAUAGCUUAUAUGUCCUAAGAGCUUGUAAGGACAUGGAGGAACAAAUUCUAAUACAAAAUGUUGCAGUUUAACCAUUUCUUCCUACAUGGGACUGAUCCCAUAGCAUCCAAUCAUCAUCCUUGUUUUAGCAUAACUGUGUCUCUCUGUCCAUCUUUAGGCUUAGGCUUUAGGCUUAACUGUCUCAUUCACCCCAAGCAGAUAGAAUGACCUCUGGUCUUGAUGUCUAUAAUCACCCUACAAUUGCAGUUGGUCUGUGCCUGUGUCCUGUUCUAAAUCUUUAUUCUUUGAUAACAACUAAUAUAUGUGUUUAUAGGAUACAUCUAAAACACCAAUAUCUGCACUUGCACCUACAGACCCUACUGUGCGCACUAAGGUCAAUAUCUCCAUAAACCAAUUAACCUGCCAGUUUUUAGUCUGUGGGCAACAACUGGAUUAGAAGAACUGCAUCCAAACACAGGGAGAAAAUAUAUAAAUAUUGGAAUCCAUCACAGAGCCAGGGCUGUAUUCAGGUCUAGUGAUGCCCUGGGCACUGGUCCUUGGCCCAUUAGGGUUAGGCCUUAUUGAUCCAGUGUGGCAUUUCUGUGCAAUAGAUCCCAGCACUACAAGCAGUUCCAACCAUGGCGCCACCUUAUGUAUAGGGUUGCCACAUCUGCCAGCUUCUUUCUUCAGGCAGGGGGUGGGCAGUGACAUCACAAGGGGCAGGGAGGAGUGGCCAGUGAUGUCAUGGGGAAGGGGUGGGUUGGUGGUAUCAUUGGGGGGCAGGGCUUUGAUGUGAUGAUCCUCAACUUGGCAAUUGCCACAUCAAUCUGAGCUAGUCCUCCCCGGUUUUCAGGGCAGGCAGUUUUGAACUGGGAUGUCCGGGUCAAAUCCAGGCAGGUGGCAACUCUACCUAUGUAUUAGGCAUGACUAGUUGGGAAGGUGAUGCUAAAAAGCUUUAAUGGGUAAAUGAAAGUAUUCUCUGCAUUUUUUACUUAGUUAUUGGGAUGGCAUUCUACUAAGGCAGUACUAUCAUCAACAUGAAUAGUUUGUAUUUGGGUUUGCAUUUUGGGGUGUUAACCAAAGGGACCCGUCUCUAAAACUUUGGGUUUGUUUGGCUUGACACAGUAAACACAGUGGGCCUCAUUUAUCAACACUGGGCAGUAACCCAUAGCAACCAGUCAAUGAUUGGCAUUCUUUAGCCAGCUGCAGGUAGAACAAUCAAUGCAGCAAUUUGAUUAGUUGCCAUGGGUUACUGCCCAUGGGUAAAUAUGGUCAGUGUUGAUAAAUGACCCCCAGUGCGUUCUCUGCCAUUUUGUGCAGUUGCCAAAUCACUAUAUAGUUUUUCCAAGCCUCCUACUACAACAGGGCCACUGACAACACCCCCAUCUGCCCCCCCCCCCCCCCACCGUGAUAGUUGCCCCGUAUUAAUGUGUGGUGUGUAGUGAAUAGAAAAAAAGACCAUUUUCUGCUUUCUUGCAGGCAAAGAUUCCUCCUAAUUAUCUGCCUUCCUACUCCCCCUCCAUAACUGCUGGUACCCGGCUGCUUCCCUCUGGGCUGGUGAUGGUACAAGGAUCUGAUAGGUUGAAAAGACAAUCCAAUAGCACCUCCAGCCUAUCAGAUCCCUUCACCAACAAAAGUCCAGUGAGAAGCAUAUUUAUUACAGUGUGUAAGCCAGUGAUGUUGCCCAUUGGCCACCAGUAGUUAGAUUUAAACAGUCAGCUACAAGUUAGAAAGCAAAAGCAAAGAUCUGAUUGGCUGAUAUGAUUGAUGACAUCACCGGCAAUAUUGGAUUGAUAUAAUAAAUAUGCCCCUUGGUACAGGAGUCGGAGUAGAAGGAAGACCUUAGUUCUGCAGCAGCUGAGUACAAUGUGAAAAGGAUUUACUUUCUAAUGACGUUGAUGUUUAUAUGGGUGUUUUUAAGAGUGUGACGUGAUCUAUAAAAUGUUUUAUUUAUUUGAAGCUUUUGUAAGAAUUAUAAAAAUAAAACACUUUGUGAUAUUAUAAA